GCUUAAUCCAUGAGGGGGCAGUAAUGCACGUUUGCUAAAGCUCAGAGAAGAAGAAGCGAUCCUGGCAACAUGGCGUUAUACAGGCAGGCUGUGUUGCUGGACAGGCUGUUGUUUGCUGUGAAGUACACUCCAUGCCAGUCGCGGUGCUAUGCAGUAAAUCACAGGGCUCAGUAUGCUACUCCCACCAGUCCCAAUGAAAAGACCUUUGAUAAGAUCCUCAUCGCCAACAGAGGAGAAAUUGCCUGCAGGGUGAUGAAGACAUGUAAGAAGAUGGGCAUCCAGACCGUAGCUGUUCACAGUGAUGUAGACUCCAGUGCUGUUCAUGUAAAGAUGGCUGAUGAGGCUGUCUAUGUUGGCCCCGCUCCUACUGGUAAAAGCUACCUGAACAUGGAGGCCAUCAUGGAGGCUAUCAGACAAACUGGAGCACAAGCUGUUCAUCCUGGGUAUGGAUUUCUCUCUGAAAACAAGGAGUUUGCAAAGCGCCUGGCUGCAGAAGGAGUAACAUUCAUCGGCCCAGACACUCAUGCAAUACAAGCAAUGGGGGAUAAAAUUGAGAGCAAGCUGAUUGCUAAGGCUGCCAAGGUGAACACUAUCCCAGGAUUUGAUGGAGUCGUGGAGACUGCAGAGGAAGCUGUGAAGAUUGCUCAGGAAAUUGGCUACCCUGUGAUGAUCAAAGCAUCUGCAGGAGGAGGAGGGAAAGGAAUGAGGAUAGCUUGGAACAAUGAGGAGACCCGGGAAGGUUUCCGUUUCUCAUCCCAGGAAGCAGCAUCCAGCUUUGGAGAUGAUAGGCUGCUGAUUGAGAAGUACAUAGACAACCCCAGACACAUAGAGAUCCAGGUGUUAGCUGAUAAACAUGGCAAUGCUCUGUGGCUUAAUGAGAGGGAGUGCUCCAUCCAGAGGAGGAACCAGAAGGUGGUGGAGGAGGCUCCCAGUACCUUCUUAGACCCAGACACACGGCGGGCAAUGGGGGAGCAGGCAGUCCAGCUGGCCAAAGCUGUGAAGUACUCUUCUGCUGGGACCGUAGAGUUUCUGGUGGACUCUAAGAAAAACUUCUAUUUCCUGGAGAUGAACACACGCCUUCAGGUGGAGCACCCAAUUACUGAGUGCAUCACAGGACUGGACCUGGUGGAGCAGAUGAUCAGGGUUGCCAAGGGAUACAGGCUGCAGCACGAACAGAAGGACGUCCCUAUCAACGGCUGGGCCAUAGAGAGCCGUGUUUACGCAGAGGAUCCUUACAAAUCCUUUGGUCUUCCCUCUAUUGGACGGUUGUCUCAAUACCAAGAGCCACUUAACCUCAGCAAUGUCCGUGUGGACAGCGGCAUCGAGGAGGGAAGUGACAUCAGUAUCUACUAUGAUCCCAUGAUCUCCAAGCUGGUUACCUAUGGAUCCACACGAGCUGAAGCUCUGGCCAGAAUGGAGGAUGCUCUGGACAACUAUGUGAUCAGAGGUGUAACCCACAACAUUCCUCUUCUGAGGGAAAUCAUCACUCAUCCUCGAUUUAUCUCCGGUGACAUCAGCACCAACUUCCUGCCUGAGGUGUACCCAGAUGGCUUCAAGGGUCACCAGCUGGAUGUGGAGAGCCGCAGGGAGCUGUUGGCCGCAGCAGCAGCUCUUCACGUCACUUCUCAGCUCCGCUCACAGAAGAUCCUGGGCCAUCUCAGAGUGUCCUCAGCUCUGAGGGAAGGUAGCUGCUGGGAGCUGUGUGUGGAGCUGGGGGAGGGACGGCAUCAUGUGCAGAUCACCAAGUCAGGAGAUGUUUAUACUGUGGAGGCUGAUGGAGGAAAGGUAGACGUCUGUGGACAGUGGAAUCUGGCCUCCCCUCUGCUGCCAAUCACUGUUAAUGGUGCAGAGAGGAUGCUCCAGUGUCUGUCCUUGGAGGCUUCAGGAACCAUAGUUCUGCAGUACAUGGGCACACUGUUUAAGCUUCGGAUUUUAUCAAAUCGGGCUGCAGAACUGAACUCCUACAUGCCAGAGAAGGUUUCAGAAGACACCAGCAGCAUCCUGCGCUCUCCCAUGCCAGGAACAGUGGUGGCUGUGUCCGUCAAACCUGGAGAUACGGUUGCAGAGGGUCAGGAGAUCUGUGUGAUUGAAGCCAUGAAGAUGCAGAAUAGUUUAACAGCUGUCAAGCAAGCAAAGGUGAAGAGCGUCCACUGUAAGGCAGGAGAGACGGUGGGAGAAGGAGACCUGCUUGUUGAGCUUGAAUAAUACAUCCACUAUAAUCUCUGAUGUGACCUAAUCUCCAAGGACUGAUGGACAGAUUGUUUUUGAUUGGUCCACCAGCAAGGGGAUGGUGUUGAACACUAACAUUCAUCAGCUGUUUUGAACUGAGCUCUCUGCAUUACAGGCUCCAUUUUCUGUGCAUUUGAUUGUUAAUCUUUCUGUUGUUUCCUUUGGUAGUUUUUAUUAAAGAGUCUCUUUGCUUACAUUCCUAA